GGUGGGGUGGCGCAGAGAAGUUGGUGUGUGUUGUUUUUUUGCAUCUCUGUUGUGCUCACGCGUCAAGGCUGCUCGAGACCCUCCCGCAUCCGCGCGAGCCCCAUGAAGACCAAGUUCUGUAACGGCGAGGCCGAGCCGGCCCCGCUCGGGGGAGGAGGGCUCCUGCUCGGCUGCAGUGCCGUGGGGUCGCCCACAGCCGAGGCGGGCAGGGAGCUGGCGACUGGCAGCGAGGAACCGCUGUUGCAGCAGCAGCAGCCGGACUCGCGCACGCGACGCCGCGCGUUCCUGUGGUGCAAGGAGUUCCUGCCGGGGGCCUGGCGGGGGCUGCGCGAGGACCAGCUGCACCUCGCGCCCAUCAGAGGUGGCCUCAGCAAUGUGCUAUUCCAAUGUUCAUUACCUGACACCAUAGAGACAAUUGCAGAUGAGCCACGAACAGUCCUCCUUCGUCUAUAUGGUGCAAUUCUACAGAUGAGAUCCUGUAACAAGGGAGGUUCUGGACAGGCUCAGAAGGAAAAUGACUUAACAGUCUUUAACCCUGCAGCCAGCAUCAACUUCCAAGAGUUAAUACUCAUGGCUGCACCUGUCACUUUCCCUACAUUGCAAGAUGGAUUACAAGCCUUGCAAGGGGCAGAAGCCAUGGUUCUGGAGAGUGUUAUGUUUGCCAUUCUUGCAGAGAGAGCUCUUGGCCCAAAACUGUAUGGGAUCUUUCCACAAGGCCGACUAGAAGAAUUCAUUCCAAGCAGAAAGCUAGACACUGAAGAAUUAAGCUUACCUGACAUAUCGGCUGAAAUAGCUGAGAAAAUGGCCAGAUUUCAUGGCAUGAAAAUGCCAUUUAAUAAAGAACCUAAGUGGCUUUUUGGGACAAUGGAAAAGUACUUGAAUCAAGUGCUAAAGAUAAAAUUUACCAAAGAAUCCCGAAUUAGAAAACUGAAUAAACUCCUCAGUUACAAUCUGCCCCAAGAAAUUAAAAGCCUGAGGUCUCUGCUGGAAGCCACUUCAUCACCUGUUGUAUUCUGCCACAAUGACUGUCAAGAAGGUAACGUUUUGCUUCUAGAAGGCAGAGAGGAUUCUGAAAAUCAAAAGCUGAUGCUUAUUGACUUUGAGUAUAGCAGCUACAACUACAGAGGAUUUGAUAUUGGAAACCACUUUUGUGAAUGGAUGUAUGACUAUACGUAUGAAAAAUACCCGUUCUUCAAAGCCAGUUUUCUGAAGUAUCCCACCAGGAAACAACAGCUUCAUUUUUUCUCUAACUAUCUGACUGCCUUCCAAAACGGUUUUGAAAAUCUGAGCAAUCAAGAAAAGUUGAAAAUAGAAGAAGAAAUGUUGACAGAAGUCAAUAGGUUUGCCCUUGCAUCACACUUCUUCUGGGGCCUGUGGUCCAUUAUACAGGCAAAGAUCUCAUCCAUUGAGUUUGGCUACCUGGACUAUGCACUAUCAAGAUUUGAUGCAUACUUUGACCAGAAGAAGAAGCUUAAAGUAUGAAUGUGAGAAGAAUGGACAAUCUUACUGUACAAAGAAAGCAGCUGGACAAACUUCCACUGUGCUUAGGCUACUGUAUCUGUAAUGAAGGUGUCUGGAUUUCAAAAUACUGGAAUCCAGAUGUUCAAUACUGAAGACUGUACAAAAAUAACUGACUUGUUUACAGUUCAGGAAUCUUUGGAAUGAGAUUGGGAGGCAAAAGCAUAAUACAAACAGUGCAAUAUCCUUUUAAUCUAGAAAGCAUUUUUAUAUUAUGGGAGAAGCUUACAGAUACCACAUGCAUCAAAAGCAAGCAGUGUUACUAUGGGUACUUUUUCAGGGGUUUUAUUGACGUGCAGGUAAAUGUUACGUGACCAGAAUAGUUGUAAAUGGUAAUGCAUUGUAGACACUACUGGUUUAUUGAGAACCAAUUGUGUGUAUGCCGGGCAACUUAAACUGUGAAGUUGGCUGAAAGGCCUUGUUAAGAGAUUCCGUUCAUUGUGGCCUACGAACACUCUUGAGAGAGCUGCUGGUACAUUUAAAAUACCCUUUAACCAUUUUGUUGUUAGACAUAUUAAAGCAGCCUGCUCUUUAAAGUGCUGCCUGUAUAAAGAUUAAUGUGCUUCUCCUUGGUGUCUUUGUCAACUAAAAUAUGAAUUAAUCUUGACCUAGAUACUCUGGAGAGAGUUGAAUGGCUUGAUCAUUCCACAUUCUUCACCAAGAACAUGCUUUAUUACCCAGGCUGGCUGUCUGAUGCUUGCACAGGGAGUUUUCUGGGCCGGCAGUAUUGGGACGAGUGCCUUGAAUUAUGCUAAUUACUCUCCAAAUAACUGGAUUGCCAUUGAUGGUUCCAAUUAAAGCCAGUCCUCCUUGCUGAGUGUAGCUACAACCCUGCAGUGCAAGGAGAGGGAGGAAUGGGGAGGGGGUUGGAAAAAACUUUCCCUACUCGGAAGAAAGGGGACUCUCCCCCACCCACCCUAAAUACGGAAUUGGGUUGAGGCACUUAUUUAAAUGUCCAAGCUCCAUCUUGUUCCAGCAGUCCAGUAAGUGGAGCAUCUUGGGGGAGGGGGGAACAGUAACGUGUAUAAUCUGUGAAAUCUACAGCAUAUGUGUAAAUGUCACAAAGAAAUCUAAAGAUUUCUGGAACUCAUUUUAUUUUGAUCAUUUAUUUUAUUUGUAUUUUCUAACAUACUGUAUUAAAAACAAUAACUCUCAA